AUGGGGGACAAUUACAUCGGAAGCGUCAUCUCUGUCGAGUGUGUCGGCGGCGGCGGCGUUUAUCAAGGCAAACUGACGGCCGUCGACCCCAAAUCCGGCAAUAUCACCCUAGCCAAUGUAUUCAAGUUCGUGACCGACUAGAAAAAUGUUUCCUUUUUUGAAAGAAAUGUAGAAAAGUAGGUACAUUUGGGACUACACUUGACUAACUUCCGGAUCAUUUCGUGGAAGAAGUAGUUCAAUUUUCCGUUUAAAUUGAGUAAUUUCCAAAAAGUUCUGCGAGAAAGCCUUCGAAAAGAGGGUGAAGAAAAAAACUGAAUAAGGUGAAAAUAUACUUCAGUUUGUCGUUAAAAAUUAGUAACUUUCCGAUAACUUUUUUCGUAACAGCGUAAAAAUAACGCUUUUUGAGACUUUUUUGAACCUUUUCCAUAAUUACUGCUAAAAUAUAAUUUAAAAAAAGUUACCUUUGUAGGAAUAUUUUUCUGAAAAUUGGCGAUUUUUUUGAAACUUUUUGUACAUUUUUUUGUUGAAAACUCAUCUUUUUCAAUUUAGUUAUUAUUGUUGAAUUUCAAGUUCUGAAAACGCAUUAUUUCACUUUGAUAAGUAAUAAAUCAACUUUACAAUGAAUUUUGUAUUUUUAAAUAAAAAAAACUUGAAAAAUAUAGUAUUCUAUAAAAAAAUAUAGUAAAAAUAUUUUUAUCUGAUCUUCUAAAUGAUUUAAAACUAUAAAAUAAAGUUUCGAAGCGAGAAAAUUAUUGUUUUCUUUCAGAGAAGGCAUACCUCUGGGAAAAUGCGUCACGCUCAAUUCAAAUGAUAUUUCCUCAUUGAAGGUUUAUUUUUAGGUGAUCUUCAAAGAUAAACCAAGUUUUUAGGUUUUGAAAUCACCGGCAACGGCGAAAUUAGCCGACCAACCGUCGAGUAGUAAGGUAAAGUUGUUUUCGAUUGUUCCAGAAUUAAAGAAUCCAUUUCCAGCAAUGCACUAUAAUGCCAUGCUCGAACGGGUCGCCGGUUCAAAAAACGUCGAAUUCCCGCAAAAAUACAAGUGAUAAUUUGUUUGAUAAUCAGUUAACGAAAAGACCAACUUUCAGAACAGAAAAAUGAAAAAAAAAACCGUCUUGUGACAAUUUUUGUCAUGUAAAAAUAGUUAUUUUUCUCUAGAGAAAUCCAACUUUUUCUUAUUUUUCCUUAUUUGUUGGUAAACACUUUUUUUUUCAAUGAAAAUCCAGUAAUUGUCCCUUAUUUUCAUAAUGAAAGAUUUUAAGAAAAUCCGUUGAUUUUUCAGAAGAAAUUCGAAAUACCCGGGAUAAAUUCAUCGGAAAUGGCAAGGAAAAUGAUGCUGGCCGGGCGAUUUUGGAUCAAUUUCGGUUGGAGAUAAAAGUCUCUCGUUGACAAAAAAAAAAUAUUUUCAGAAUCAGUCCACAAAAAGAAGUGAAAACCAAGAAUAAAUUGGCACCUAUCCGGAUGCCCACUGAGGAUGAGGUUGGUUUUUGGGAAAAAUCAGAAAAAGCUGAAUUUUUUCCAGAUUAUUCCUGUAGAUAUUGCGCCGACGCCUCAGUUUCGGAAUUUCGAGCCUCAAAUUCCGAGACCGACGGCCCUGGACGAAGUUAGCCAAGGGGCGAAGAAGCCGUCGAAAAAAGGGCAAGGUGAAGGAAACUCGGGGUUACGAACCUAAAUCAAAGUUCCAGGCCCUUCUGGGAUCCCCCUGCUUGAUGCUCUCAAUGCCUAUAAAGGGUAUGGAAGGAGAAAUGGCCGGAAUAACGGGGAUACUCUUCACGCCCCGAUCGACUUCGAUCUCGAGGCCGAUUUCGAUUUUGCCGCCAAUUUGGAGCUUUUCCGAAAAGAGGUGUGCGGUUUUGACAAGGAAAACGUGUUGGAAAUGAGCUGGGAAGUCUGAAAAAUCAAAAAAUUGUUCUCUUGACGUUUUCAUUUGUGAUAGAACGAUGAUUUUUUUCAAAAACGGCACCUUGAAAUUCAAAGUUUUUAUCAUUUUUGAGCUUUUUUCGCCUAUUUUUGAUAUUAGUUUUUUUAUUAAAUUAAGAAUAUAUGUUAAAAUCUGCCACGAACGUUUGAUGAAAAUAAUAUUUUGAAAAACUAGGUGCUCCAAAUGAAAACUUCUGAUCUUCCAUAGCUUUGAAACAGGGACAUUUUGUUUAUUUUAAAGAAUUUUGUACCGAUUUUCAGGUUUUUUGAAACAAAAUUUUGGCUUUGUGCAUAAUUUCGUAUGGAAGUGGUGUUCAAAAAAAACUUUCAGACUAAAUAUUAUUUCCGAAAUUUUAUGGUGUUCCGUUUCACUUCAAAAUUCUAUCCAGCUUCUGGUUCAAAUUUUCGAAUUUCAGGAAGACGACGACGAGUUCUUCGAGAAAGUCGAGAAGCUGAAGAUGUCCCAGAACUUUGCCCAUUAUGAGAACAUCGUGGAGGAUGAGGGCCGGGUGACGUCAUGGACGAACAUUCUGGCCAAGAGGGCCGAACUCGGAAACGGCCACGUCGAGGAGCAACAUUCGGUCUCCUCCAACACCCACACCGAGGAGGACGACACCGAGUUGACCAUGAUCAAGUGCGUCUUUCGGAUAAUUAUUGUACAUUGCAAGACUAGAAUGGUUUCUAUAAAAAAUCGGCCCUUAUAGGAGACGAAGUAGUGCUCCCUUGAGGGAUAAGGUUUAGGUGGCCUUUAUAGGGAUUUCGGGUUUGACCUCUAGGCCACCAAAGCUUGACACGCUCAAAAAUUCUCAAAAGCAGUGGGUACAAAGAAUCAUUCCAUUCAUUAAUUUUGAUGGAACCAAUCCAGUGGGAUAGCCUGUCAUCAAAAAUACGGACACAAAAGGAAAGUUUUCUGGAAUUUUUUAUACGAAUUAGCUCCCAUUAUUUGAUAAAAAGAAAACUGAUACGUGAGCUUUUUUUUUCUAAGUUUAGCCACAAAAAAGCGUGAUUUUCUCGAGGUUUGUUUUUUUUUAUUCAUGGGUAUAACUACGAAAUCCUCAGAACAUUUUUCGACGCUUCAUAAAUUAUUUCAAGAAAAAAAUGAAAAAAAAUGUUGGUAUACUUUUUUAAAAAUAAAAAGAUAACUCGGGAUUCUUUGCAGUGGCCGCGCGACAAGCACCUCCAAAAUUCGGUUCGAAUCGUCGAGUUUUGAAAAAUCCUCCACGGGACUGCCGGUUCCCGCGAUUUCCGCCAUUGACAAGAAAUCGUUGAUUGAGGUUCUCCUGAAAGUUUCCUUCAUUCAGUAAUAUUUCAAUGUUUCACUCUAACUUCAUAUCAGCAAAUUGCGAGAAAAAAAAGUUUGGAUGGAUUAAAUUAUCAAAUUUUCGUUGAAUCGAGGUCAAGUAAUUUUUGAAGAACUGCGAAGUGAAUCCAAAUCUUUUCGUUUCGUGGCUGGCUCCGGCUUGAUAAUGACUGUGUCCUAUUUAGGGUUAUUAUUUGAUUUCGGAAACUCCAUCAUUUUUUGCUUUUUCUACAAUCAAAGAAACCUUCUGACCUGUCUGCGUUCUCUUUUCUCUCAUCUGAAUCUUGAAAAUAGCACUUAAUAUAGUAGAGGGCAGAGAAAUCAAACUUUUCAUGCUUAGAUUUUGAAUUUCAAGUACAAUGAAGGCAUUCGAAAACGCUCUGUGGAUGGCUCGCUCUCUAAUUGGUUUAUCGCUCCAAUAGGGGCGGAGCUUGUGCGGUAAUUUGACAUUCAAAACCUGAACAGACUGUACUCUUACCAAAUAAAGUAGUUUUGAAAGAAAAUCCGAAAUUCAGGAAUGCGUGAAAAGAAUGGGCCAGGAGGCGCUGGACACGGCGGUGACGGACCGAUUCUUCUGCUGGGCGUCCGAUGUCGCGGGACGAUAUCGCGAAAAAGACGACGUCGUCGUCGUCAUCGCCUCCUCGACGACGUCGCUCCGGUCGCUGCGACGUCUUCUCACACAUUUCGACAAUCGGGGGUGCGAACAAAAUUUUCGAUGACUUGAAAAAAAAAUGGGUGAAAGCUUUGAUUUUUUUUUUCAUUUUGAGACUAAACUUUUCCCUCCAUGGCUUUGAAGACAGAGCCGUUUGAAGUAAUCCAGAAAAAUAAUUUUUUGAAUUUUUAAUCAAAUUUUUGCUUUUUCUGAUUUUACAGAAGAUUUUCUGAUCAAUUUUUCGAUUUCAGAGUGGCGAGUUGUGUAUAUGGAAAGUAUCCGGGCGAAGCCUUCAGAAAUGUCCGAGUCGUCGAAAGAAUCGACGAGCUCCCCAAGAAUAAGGUUUCAAAGAAAGUAUAUAUCCAAAGUAAUUAACAUCGUUUUUCAGUUGGUUUGCCUUCUCUCCUCGAAGGUCUGUCAAGACGUCUCUUUUUGGCUGAAACAGCAAAAUUCUGCGCAUUUCGUGUGUAUCGAAACGAUUCCUGAAGGCGUGGAUCCGCGAAGGGUGAGCAUAUUCGAUUCGAUUCGAAAAAAGGAGAACGGAAAACGAUCAUUGAAUUGAAAAAAAGACAGUAUUUAUUUCCACCUCAGAGAUUAUCAUUUGAAUUUUCGGUUCGAAAUAUUGAGAUUUUACCUAAAUUUCUUCGGUUUUGAAUUUUUUAUUUUCGAUUCACUACUUAUCUUAAUUUUUUCAACGAACUUUGCUAGUUUCAUUCUCAUUUUUAAAAUGUUAUCAAGGUUAUUUUGAAAACUUGUUUAUUUAUUGAUUCCGAAACAUGAACCAUCAAAUUUUUUGAACCGAUUAUCUAAAACUAUGCUGAUUUGAACAUUUUCGCCGACCCAAUUUUCAUGUUCAAAGUUAAAUUGUUUUUCAAAUUGGCCGUCAGAAAGUGGAGAAGAUAACGAAGUUUCGGAGAGUUAGAGAGAAUCUUGCAUUUCGUGACAUUUACUGUCAAUCGAACUACGAAUUUGAUUUUUUCAGGUUCACUUACUGAUGUUAUGCGUGGCGACGGCUGGAGUUCGACACGUCAGUCACGAAGAAGAACCGAAGGCCGGAAUGCGUCGGAUGACUUUCGAGGAACUCUGCAAACCGACCACCCAGAAGAGAUCUUCUCCUAUCGUUGUUGGUCGGUUUUUGAAAAGCAGAGGAAUUUCCAAACGCGAUUGACGUAUAUAAAGCUCUCCGACGUUAUGAUGGAUCCUCCCCGUCUUGAAAAGCGAAACUGGCAAGGUUGACGCGUUGCGUCCGCGAAGCGGCUUUCAGGCAGGACAAUCGCUAUCAUGAAAAAAUGUGAAAAAAAAAGAAACAAAAGUUUCAUUAUUUUUAUACUUUAUUUGUUCUAUAAAAUAUUUAAAACUAUUCAACAUCUGUCCAAAAUGUCGCUCGCGGUUUGACUCCAAGUCUCCCGUCAGUCCGCAGUGCGCCGUUGCGCUAUUUCCGUUUGCGCCGUUGUUUUGAACUUUUAUAUCCAUCAGUGUUCAUUAUUUUUGUAGUACAUUUAAAUCGACAGUUUGGAUCAUUUUCGCUCCAUCUGUUGAUAUCAAUUUUUUCUGACACAUUAUCGAAAAGCCCAAAUUAUUGGUACUAACAAGGUAAACAUAAUAAAUUAGAGCAGAAAAAAAAUCUUUGGAACGUGACCGUCUUGCGCGGAACGCACUAUACACAAAUGAUGUACACUGAUAGAAAAGAAACCAAAAAAGAAAAGUUCAAAACAAGGCGCACGCAGAAACGGCGUCUGCAUACACGGGGCAUUGCGGACCAGCGCAAAUCGGCGACCUUGUCUUCCCUUUGGUGAAACUCCCUGAUAUCGUUUUUCCGCUGUUUCCAAACAAUUAUUGAUGAUUAUUGGUUGAGAUUGUGCGGUGGCGGACAUCGGGGCGCCGUUCAGCUGGCUGGACGACUCUUCCCAUUCAUUUCUGACCGCCGCUUUCCGUGCUUCCGACUUUCUCAUUCGUCUUUCAUCCAAUUGA